AAUUUUGUUAUCGACAGGAACUUCACUGUUGAUAAGAAUCUCCAUAAUGCAUUGAUGGACAUGUAUGCAAAAUGCGGAGAUCUGAAAACUGCGUGGGAAAUGUUCAACAGUAUUAAUCCUAGUAUGCGGGAUGCCAGCUCAUGGAAUGUGCUGAUUUCAGGGUAUGGUAUGCAUGGACACGGUAGAGAAACCUUGAAUAUGUUUUCAAGAAUGCAAGCAGAAGGCGUUGACCCAAAUCACAUCACAUUCACCUCAGUUCUCUCUGCUUGUAGUCAUGCAGGCCUCGUCAAUGAAGGCAGGCAGUGUUUUGAUGAGAUGCAAAAGCUGUCUGUAGCACCGGAGGCCAAGCACUAUGCUUGUGUGGUUGAUAUGCUUGGUCGAGCCGGUAAGUUGCAGGAAGCACUCGAUCUGAUCAAACAGAUGCCAUUUCCUCCAAAUGAUGCAGUUUGGGGCGCUCUGCUUCUUGCUUGCAAGAUCCACAGGAAUAAAGAGCUUGGACAAAUUGCAGCUGACAAGCUGUUUGAGCUUCAGCCGGGUCAUACGGGAUACUACGUGUUGAUGUCAAAUAUAUACGCAGCAUCACAAAGAUGGGGAGAAGUAGUGAACCUGAGACAAUAUAUGAAGAAUAAGGGUAUGAAGAAACCUGCUGCAUUCAGUGUGAUUGAAUUCGGCGAAGAGAUCCACGGGUUCCAUACUGCUGACAGAGAACAUCCAUACUGGGAAGAGGUUUACAGGGAAGUGGAGAUAUUGGCUGUGAAGCUCAAGAUGGCUGGCCAUGUACCCGACCUAUCAUGCACUCUCCAUGACAUGGAAGAAGAGGACAAAGAACUCGCGUUAAACCUCCACAGCGAGAAAUUAGCUGUGGCGUUUGGGAUUAUGAGGACCGAGUCUGGGAUGACGAUAUACUUAACGAAGAAUCUUCGUGUUUGCAACGACUGCCACUCGGCCUUGAAGUUUCUUUCACAUAUUUUUGACCGCGAGAUUGUGGUUAGAGAUGGAAAUCGAUUCCAUCACUUCAAAGGAGGUGUGUGCUCUUGCAAUGACUACUGGUAAAAGGUAGCAGGCUUUUGCAGAUAUAUGUAAUGCUCAACUGAGUGUAGCAUCGGUGUGCAGCCCACGCCUAACUGGGUGGCAAAAUCGGCCGACUAAUGCAUCGAACGAGAAACCAGAAAGAGAUUACGGAGUUUAUUUUAGGCAAGGCCGGAAAAGCGCACAAGAAUGACUCCAAAGAUGAGCCGAAGUCCCUGUCAGGGAAAAGAUGAGCAGAAGUCAUUGGCUAUUUGGCUGGACCUGCCCGGUUGCCGCAAGUUCAAGAAGAGCUCACGUGGCCAACUUGGGCGGUUUAUUUGGUGGUGGUGGGUCUUAUCUGCUUACCUCGUCUGUCCUUUACCAGACAUCGGACCGAGCUCAUUCAUGGGAACGAACUGGGAGGAGGAGAAGUACAAGUACACAGCUUUUUGGACAUAAAUACAAGUUCAUGGUUCAACUCUGGCGGAGAGAAGGGUAGAAAACGUGCGGAAACCACACUGCUGGCUUUACGUGUCAAGUAACCCCUUCCCCCUCUCUGUUUCUUCCUUCUACUCUAUUCCUUCCUUCAUUUCUCCCUCAUUCAUCUCCAAUAUUCCACGCCUCUUCCCUUUGACCCCUUCUCUCUUCUUGAAGAUUUGUCACAUACCCACCUAAAGCUUCAAAACUUCAUUCUUCUUUAAUUCUCGGGAUUCAAUCAGAAUUCCCAAUAUUGAGGAAGUAUUCCGCUUUCGUUGUUGGUAGCUGGAGAACCUGGGAAAUGGAAGUGGUGCUAGCUUCGGCGCAUCUCUCUGCUCAUUCGAGAUGUGGGUUGACUUCUUUCCAGCUCUCCCGCUCACGCCGAAUCGGCCCAGUUCUGGCGUUUACUUCCACAACUAACAGUAUAGCUUCUUCUUCUUCUUCUUCUUCUUCUUGUUUUGGUAUUUCCAUUUCUCAUAAACACCAUCAGAGUAAUCCCCUUUCUUCGAGAAGCUCUCGUUUACGUAAGAAAGGUAGAAAUUUCACCGUUUCUGCUGUGUUCGAGCGGUUCACGGAGCGGGCAAUAAAGGCGGUGAUUUUUUCCCAGAGAGAAGCUAGAGCCUUGGGGCAGGACGUGGUUUCUGCCCAGCACCUCUUGCUUGGUUUAGUUGCCGAGGAUCGCGACCCCAGUGGUUUUCUUGGCUCUGGAAUCACGAUUGACAAAGCUAGAGAAGUUGUUAGUGACAUUUGGCAGGACGGCACCGAUAAGGAUCCAACUUCUACUAGUACAGAGAAGGGCGUCAAGUCCUCGACGGAUAUGCCAUUUUCGACUGGUACCAAACUGGUUUUUGAGGCUGCUGUUGAGUAUUCCAGGACCAUGAAGCAUAAGUUCAUUGCUCCCGAGCAUAUAGCCAUUGGGUUGCUCACGAUUGAUGAUGGAAGCGCAGGUCGGGUCCUUAAGAGAUUGGGGGCAAAUGCUACUCAUUUGGCAGCUGUGGCAGUCACCAAAUUGCAAGGGGAGCUAGCCAAGGAUGGAAGAGAAGAACCAUCUGUAUCCAAAGGCACUCGUGAGAAACCUCUAUCUAGUAAAGCUAUUGCUUUAAGAUCGUCGGAAAAAGCUAAGGAGAAAAGUGCUCUGGCCCAAUUCUGUGUAGAUAUUACCUCUCGAGCUGUUGAAGGACUCAUUGAUCCUGUCAUUGGGCGUGAGAGUGAAAUUCAAAGAACUAUUCAAAUACUUUGCCGCAGAACCAAAAAUAAUCCUAUUCUUCUGGGUGAAAGUGGAGUGGGGAAAACAGCCAUUGCUGAAGGACUAGGAAUCAAGAUCGCGCAGGCUGAAGUUCCUGCUUUCCUUUUAGGUAAGCGUGUUAUGUCUUUGGACAUUGGACUUUUAAUUGCUGGUGCAAAGGAAAGGGGAGAACUAGAGUCACGUGUGACUACCUUAAUCAAAGAGAUACAGAAAGAAGGCAAUGUAAUUCUCUUCAUUGAUGAAGUCCAUACGCUUGUCGGGACGGGUACAGUUGGACGAGGAAGUAAGGGAAAUAGCCUAGACAUUGCUAAUCUAUUGAAGCCAGCUCUUGGAAGGGGUGAAUUACAGUGUAUUGCAUCCACAACUAUGGAUGAGCACAGGACACAUAUCGAAAGUGAUAAAGCGUUGGCGAGAAGGUUCCAGCCUGUAAUGAUUAAUGAACCAAGCGAGGAGGAUGCUGUGAUGAUAUUGUUGGGCUUGCGCCAAAAAUAUGAGGCCCAUCACAACUGCAGAUAUACAUUGGAAGCAAUAAAUGCAGCAGUUCACCUCUCAGCAAGGUAUAUUGCAGAUAGAUUUCUUCCUGAUAAAGCCAUUGAUCUCAUUGACGAGGCAGGAAGCAGAGCCCGUAUCGAAGCUUAUAGGAAAAAGAAAGAACAACAAACUGGUAUACUUUCAAAGUCACCAGGUGAUUAUUGGCAGGAAAUCAGAACUGUUGAGGCCAUGCAUCAAGUGGUUAUUGCAAGUAAGCCAAGCACUGAUGAUAGUAAUUCGAGCAUUGAGGACUCCGAAGAUGUCAUUUUAGAGUCGCCUCCACCUUCUGCAUCUGCUAAUGAUGAGCCCACGGUGGUGGGGCUUGAUGACAUUGCCUCAGUUGCUUCACACUGGUCUGGAAUCCCUGUUCAGCAGCUUACGGCUGAUGAAAGGAUUGCUCUGGUGGGUCUUGAAGAACAGCUUAGGAAAAGGGUUGUUGGCCAAGACGAGGCUGUUGUUGCUAUAUCUAGAGCCGUUAAGAGGUCCCGUGUGGGGCUCAAGGAUCCUGACAGGCCAAUCGCGGCCAUGCUUUUUUGCGGCCCUACUGGUGUAGGCAAAACUGAGCUAACUAAAGCAUUGGCUGCAAACUAUUUUGGAACGGAGUCCGCCAUGCUGAGAUUGGACAUGAGUGAAUACAUGGAGCGACACACAGUGAGCAAACUAAUAGGGGCACCCCCAGGUUAUGUUGGUUAUGGCGAGGGAGGGACUUUGACAGAAGCAAUUAGAAGACGACCUUUCACUUUGGUUCUGCUCGACGAGAUAGAGAAAGCCCACCCAGAUAUCUUCAACAUCCUCCUCCAAGUCUUUGAAGAUGGCCAGCUCACAGAUUCUCAGGGCCGCAGAGUCUCAUUCAAGAAUGCAUUGAUAGUCAUGACCUCUAACAUUGGAUCUUCUGCCAUUGCAAAAGGCGGACGUACUUCCAUCGGCUUCAUACUUUCAGACGACGAAUCAGCUUCUUACGCUGGGAUGAAGGCCUUAGUACUCGAAGAACUCAAAUCAUAUUUCCGCCCCGAGUUGCUGAACAGAAUAGACGAACUGGUCGUAUUCCGUCCUCUCGAGAAGUCUCAGAUGCUGGAGAUUGUGAACAUGAUGCUGCAAGAAGUUCAAGGAAGGCUGAUCUCUCUCGGAAUCGGGUUGGAGGUGUCCGAAUCGAUCAAGGAUCUAGUGUGCAAGCAAGGGUACGACCCGGCUUAUGGCGCCAGGCCGCUCAGGCGAGCAGUCACUCACAUAGUAGAGAACCCUCUGAGUGAAGCAUUGCUUGGUGGAGAGUUCAAGCCGGGCGACACAGCUAUCGUGGAUGUGGAUGCAACCGGGAACCCGGUGGUUGUAAAUCGGGCGUCGGAGAGGAGCAUCCACUUAACAGACACAACUACGCUCUUGUAAUUAAUUGGUGUUUUAUGUGUAGGAAAAGUUCAUGAGUGUAUAGAAUGAACGAGCUUAGGUGAAGGGCAGUUUCAUUGACGGUAACGCUGUUGGCGGAUUCGGUUCUCAAGUGUAUAUGUAAAGGAGAAGCAUCAAUCAAUACAUUGGCCAACUUAUAGACAGCCGACUUGUUACUUGUUAGGGUGCAUAAAUGGGUGUUCAACAGACUACAUUCGUACCGCACUAUAUCAAACUAAAUCGAUAUUUGUAAUAGUAUUGGAUCGGGAGUAAUCGCUAAUGAUAGGGCAAAAAUAGGGGGCAAGGACGCAACACGAUUAAAUGAGACUGAAGUAGGGUUAAUAAAUACAUAUUAGGGGGGUUUUCAAUUUUAAUGUCUUUUUAAUACUCUUGUUUUAAAUUUGUUUUAAGAUAUUCUUCUUUCUGUACGUUGAUGGC